AUGACAGCAAGAAAGAGCCAAAGGGCACCCAAUGCUUGCUCUAGUUGUGCUAAACGUCGGGUGAGGUGCGACAAGCAGGUCCCAUGUGGAACUUGUCUUGCAAGAGGCCUAGAAACUACGUGUGCAAGAGAAGUUGUCAACGUCAAAGGCCGAGUUACCAGUGCAAAGCAGAGUGUGCCGGUUCUAUCUUAUUUUGAACUCCAACAAGAAAACAAUCGACUAAAAGCUGAGCUAUUCAAAUCAAAACUACUUACACAGCGGAAAUCGACGUCUUCUACAUAUCCUAGACAGGAAAUUUCCGCUGAAGUGCUCGAAAACCAGACGAAUCUGCAACAUGGAAAAAGCGAUUAUCAUCAGCAGGUGUGGAAUCGAACAGACAUCUGGAUGCCAAGCAAAGACUGCAGUGAUAUUUUAUUGCAUCACGGCUUUACCUGGACCUCGUGGAUCCAUUUUGCUGUUCAUCUGCAGACAUUCGAGCUAGAGCAUGAGUCUGCUUGGAUAACCGGGGUAUUCCUUGAUGGCGAUCCUCUCUGGCUAGCUAUAUAUUUUGGCUUCAUAGCAAUGAGUCUGAUGUUUAUGGAUAAGGAUGAAGCUAGAAGAGCCGGACUACCUCUAGAAAAUACGUCUGAACUUGUUCAGAAUUGGUACGGCGCGGCACUAUUUUUCCUCAACGAGGCGGAGUUUCUACGAAAUCCGAAUUUCAAGACAGUACAGUCCAUUGCCAUACUUCUCGGAUUGGCCAAAAAUGUUGGGGACUUUGAUCUUCAACCAGUUCUUCAGGCGACAGGAAUAAGGAUAGGCCAGAUUCUAGGAAUGGAUCAGGAGCCUCCCAUGAUAUCCGACGACCCUGUUAUGCAAGAGAUCAGUCGACGAGUUUGGUGGACCUUGGUCAUCUGUGAAUGGCUGUCCAUACCAGCGCGUCCGCCUUGCAUCCACCAAGCAGACUUCAAUGUCAGGCUGCCUCUGGUCCUCUCUGAUGAAGAGUUGACGACGAGAUUGAUCAAUGAGCCGAAUAUGGCAACCAAAAUGCCACGUCCAGUGGAUUAUCACAAUGCUAUGAUCUUUUUAGCAAAGUCGAACUAUCACUUUCAAAUCCAAAUGAGGGCUAUCGAAAAUCUGGAUGGAGAUAAUCUUCUGGAAGACCUUGUUCUGACAACGGAUGAAGCGCUAGCCAAUAUCAUCUCACAGUUGCCAUCUCAUCUUCUCGAGAUCUCCGGAGGACUAGCCAAAGAGAGAGAACAAUAUCCACCCUGGGUACUGUGGCAACAAACCACAUUAUCUCUCUCAUUUUUGUUCUAUCGAAUGAAGGUCAACCGAGUCCUACAACAUCGAUGGGCCUCCUCUUCGGAUGUCCUUCUUGCAAGGUCAAAAGCAAUCUGCUUAGACUCGGCCAACACGAUUGUGUCGAUGGUCAAGCAACACAAAGUUGUCUUGGCACGCCAUCGUCCAUGGGCAACAACCUCUGCCCUGUUUUCCGCUGCCUUGACCCUUGCAGCAGAGGCAAAGCGUCUUGACUCAAAUGCAGCAGAGGAGUACAUUGACAGAGUUCAAACUUGUUUUUCAUUUUUUGAGUAUAUCAAAGAUCACAGCGCUCUUGCAACGCGAGUCCUAAGUGAAUUGCGGGUGUUUUGUUUUCAUGAUUCUGAGUCAACUAGUGUCUAG